AUGUUUGUCUUCGCGGUGACCAUCACUUGCCUCACCACCGAUCUCUUCACCCAACCGAUGGUCAGAGCGACUGAAAUGCCAUUAAAGCGAAAGGAGAGUAACAAACGAUACAUCAGUUCCGACUCUGAAGACAGCAGUGUUUGCGAGACACCGAAGAAGGAGUCGACAGUUGGCGCCAAACGAUUGGCCGACCGGAAGGGCGUCUCAGAGAUGGUUAACCCCAACGAUAGUUACGACAUUCGGCUCACGAAUGGCAAAGUGAACGGCAUUUCAAUGGAUGCCUCGACUAUUGGUCUCAAUUCGGCGCUCAAUCCCCGCGUUUCGCUCAACAGAGAGGCCGUCGAAAGCUAUCAGAAGCGCAAGAGUUUGGGAUUAAGUGCACCGAAAGCCACACCAAUUCAGGAGAGGGAUGAACGCGAAGAGAGACGACUGCGACAGACGGAGAGGGCUGUCCAACAGAGACGCAGUGUCGCCGGUCUGACCGCAACGCCCGGCCGCUCGCACACGGCGUCGGCCGCCACUACGGGUCUGUCUGUGGAUCAGUUGAGGGAACACUACACCCAUUGCAUCCAAUUGUCGGCCAAUAAUAAGAUCAAUAUUAAGAACGCUUUUGGUCUUCACUUAAUCGACUAUAUGUCUGAAUUGAAUAAACAGAGUGAACAGACACAGGGCGUCAACUUCAAGCUGGCGGCCAGUACUCUGGAUGCCGGCGCUAAGAUAUACUCGAGUCGAGUGGACUCAGUCCACGCAGAGGCACAUAAAGUGGCCUCAAGUCUAGUGAUGGCUCUCAAUAAGGACAAGAAUGCGGCCAAUAAUGGUGUCGAUGACCAUAUGGACACUCAUGACGACAACCACAUGGAUGACCAAAACGAAGGAAUGGAUGACUCGGAAGGACAGCCGAAGCCGAGGAAGAAGAGGACAACUCGAAAGAAUGUGAAGACAAUCGCACAAAAUAUCGAUUCUCUGAAUGUGGCCAAAGUUGAGGCCAAUGUUGAGAUCGAUCCCGUCUUUCAUCACUUAUCCGCUGCUUUCGACUGCGGAAGCGUUAACUCACUUUUGAUGGCAAACCUUAAGUGCAGUCCUUCAGGAAUGCUGUUAUUGGACUCGAACUCAUCACUUAAUUUUGACGACUAUUUCGGUAAUAAAGAGCUGAGACUUCAAAAUAUUGUCAAAUUUCACACCGAAUUGAGUGAAAUAGCGAAGUCUUCGGCACAGAUAUGUUCGAAACUGUCGGCCUUCCAGUUCCUCAACCGAAAAGAUGGCAUUGAUCUCAUUCCUCGAGAGGAAGACCCGUCGUUUACCCGAAGAGAUAGUUUUGCUUUUGAUUUGAACGCUGAGGUCGAAGAUGUGGAUGACAUGGAGUGCGAAGAUAUGGGCGGAGAUAUCUUCGACAAUGAUAUUAACGAUGACGACGAUAGCGACGAUGCGGGCGCUCCCGAGGCCCCCGACGCCACCACCAAGAAGUCGCUGAUUCGGGCGGUGAAUAUGCAGGGCGUCGGAGAUCUCGUCAAAAUGUUGUCCGACAAACCCAAUGACUACACGUAUUUCAACCCCAAACUGUUGAGCUCAUGGGCCGGACCUCUGCAUUGGAAGCGAAUGCCGUUUUGGCACAAAAACAGAGUAGAGGGACAGGGAGUCGAUAUGAACGGCGAUAAACCGCGUCGACAGCGGAAACUGUUUCCCGAACAGCACUAUAAGGAGGAGUUCGAUGAGGAGGAGAGCGAUCGGAUGGCCGGCAACGACCAGAAGCUCAAA